UGCCUUGGUCUGAUGACGACACAUCCGCGCCGACCAAUCCCGUCCUUCGGAGCUGUGACCAAUAGCCGGAGCGACGCUUCCUUCGCAACCAGGAAGUGGGCGGGGCGGGGCACUUGACGUCACGUGAUCGCGCCCAGGAGCGGAGGAUAACUGCGGUUACUACAGUAGAGGUCACUCGCAUGGGACAUGGCCCAGGGAUUUGGAGUAAUGGCAGACGAUGGGGCCAUUGACUACUCUGUCCACGAGGCCUGGAAUGAAGCCACCAAUGUCUAUCUGAUCGUGAUCCUUGUCAGCUUCGGUCUUUUCAUGUAUGCCAGAAAGAAUAAAAGAAAGAUCAUGAGAAUUUUUACCGUGCCACCGACAGUGGAACCUGCGUCACAGCCCAAUUUCUACGAUGACAUGAAGAAGAUUCGCCUCCGCCAGCAGCUAGAGAUGUAUUACAUUACGCGGAAACACGACCAGCAUGGUCCCAGUGAGAGCGUGCAGCUUACCAUGGAGUGACACGCCAUCGUUUGCAGUGGUGAUUUACAGACUACAGAGACCGAUACGGAGUUCCACCUUAAUAUCAGACGACUGUUGUGUGUCCUGAACCUGUAUGGCAAGCUGGUGGUGUAUUGUAGAUAUGGAUCUUUCUGCUCACAAGAAGCAUGCUGGGAGUUGUAGUUUUGCAACGGCUACUGCUGCAGGGUUUCCUCCUAGUCAGUAGCCGUUCUAACCUCUAGACUUCUAUUGGGGGAGAUUUAUUAAAAUCUUGUGCCGAGGAAAAGUGUAGCAGUUGCACAUGACAUCCAAUCGCUUGUUUUUUUUUUAAAAAGGCCUCUGAAAAAAUAGCAAUCUAUCUGGGCAACUGCUCCAGUUUUCUUCUCCCCCAUUGUUUUUUUUUUUUUUUAACGUUUGGUCCUCCCUUUAAAGGGUACUUAGGUCUUUAUAAGUCAGCUGGUGCCAGAAAGUUAAACAGAUUUGUAAAUGACUUCUAUUAAAAAAAAAAUCUUUACCCUUCCAGUACUUUUUAGCAGCUGUAUGCUACAGAGGAAAUUCUUUUCUUUUUGAAUUUCUUUUUUUGUCUUGUCCACAGUGCUCUCUGCUGACACCUCUAUCCGUGUCAGGAACUGUUCAGAGCAGUAUAGGUUUGCAAUGGGGGAUUUUCUCCUGCUCUGGACCAUUCCUGAUACGGACAGAGGUGUCAGCAGAAAGCACUGUGGACAAGACA